AUGUCCUCCUACGGCAAACUCGACGAGUAUGAGCAAGCGAAACUGGAGGCCAGCCGGAGGACGAAAAAGAGACUCGCAAUUGUCGCUAUAUCUUCCAUCGUUCUCGUCUGCAUCGUGGUCGGAGCCGUCGUAGGAACCGCAGCUAACGGUAACGGCAAGAAACCGUCGUCGAAGGAGGGCAACGGAGACUCAUUCUCCAUCUCAGCCUUGUGCGACUUGACAUUGCACAAAGACAAAUGUAUUGAGACCGUUGGAUCGGCUCCAAACGGGAGCCGAUCAAACCCGGAGGAACUUUUCAACUACGCCGUCAACAUCACGAUCACGGAGCUCUCAAAAGUUCUCGACGGAUUCUCAAACCGGGAAAAAACGGACAACGCCACGUCAGCAGCAAUGGGAGCUUGCGUGGAGCUUCUCGGACUAGCCGUUGACCAGCUCAACGAGACGACGACGUCAAAAGCGACGUCGGAUCUUAGGACGUGGCUUAGCUCCGUGGAAACGUACCAAGAAACGUGUAUGGAAGCGUUGGUGGAAACGAACAACCCGAACUCGACGAAUUUCGGAGAAACCCAUCUGAAAAACUCGACGGAGAUGACGAGCAAUGCGUUAGCGAUCAUAACGUGGCUAGGCAAAAUAGCUGACUCGGUCAAGCUGAGACGUCGUCGUUUGAUGGCGUACGGUGAAGUCAGCACCCUUGACUUGGCGAUGAUGGAAGGUCGGAGGCUUUUGGAGAGCGGUGAUUUGAGGAAGAUCGCGACGAUCGUGGUGGCUAAAGAUGGGUCGGGGAAGUAUAGGACGAUAAGCGAGGCUUUAGAGGAAGUGGAGGAGAAGAAUGAGAAGCGUACGAUUAUAUAUGUGAAGAAAGGAACUUACUUCGAGAAUGUUAGGGUCGAGAAAAAGAAAUGGAAUGUUGUGAUGGUUGGAGACGGACAGAGUAAAACUAUUGUCUCUGCUGGACUCAACUUUAUCGAUGGAACCCCAACGUUCCAAACCGCCACUUUCGGUAAGAACAUAAUUAUAUACAAUAUGCUAUUGAUAUUUGAUGGUGUGUGUAACUUCAUAUUAUAUAUCUUUUAUUUACUUAUCUUUAUUUAUUGCAUAGCUGUGUUUGGAAAGGGGUUCAUGGCUAGGGAUAUGGGUUUCCAAAACAGUGCUGGUCCAGCCAAGCACCAAGCCGUAGCUCUAAUGGCGAGUGCGGACUUAACCGUGUUCUACAGAUGCACCAUGGACGCUUUCCAAGACACGCUCUACGCUCAUGCACAACGACAGUUUUACCGCGAGUGUCACAUCUUUGGAACGGUUGAUUUUAUAUUCGGAAACGCUGCGGUUGUCUUCCAAAACUGCAAGAUCUUGCCUCGUCGUCCUAUGAAAGGCCAGCAAAACACCAUAACCGCUCAGGGAAGGAAAGAUCCGAACCAAAACACCGGGAUCUCUAUCCACAACUGUUCUAUCUUGCCUUUGGAUAACCUAACCGGUGUCCAAACGUUCCUAGGCCGGCCUUGGAAGGAGUUCUCUACAACGGUGAUCAUGAAGUCGUUCAUGGACGGGUUUAUCAACCCUAAAGGGUGGUUACCGUGGGUAGGAGAUACCGCACCGGACACAAUCUUCUACGCUGAGCACUUAAACGUCGGGCCAGGAGCCUCCACGAAGGACCGGGUUAAGUGGAAAGGUUUGAAGACGUUUUUAACAAAGAAGGAAGCGAAUAGGUUUACAGUGAAACCCUUCAUUGACGGCAAUAAAUGGUUGCCGGUGACCAAAGUUCCGUUCAAAUCUGAUUUUUGA